CAAGAAAAACAUGGAGGAUGAGAAAAAAAAGAAAGAGAAGAGCAUAGCAUUAAAGGCCAUCACCUUGGAAGUUGACUCCAAAGGUGAGAAUGCCCUUGAUGAAGAUGAUGUGGCCUAUCUCUCACGUAAGUAUAAAAAUUUCAUCAAAAGAAAGAAACAAUUCAAGAAGAAUUUCUCCAACCAAAAAGAGUCAAAAGGUGAAAAGAGCAAAAAGGAUGAGGUAAUUUGUUAUAAAUGCAAAAAACCGGGUCACAUUAGAACCGAUUGUCCUCUUCUUAAAUCAUCCAAGAAAUCCAAGAAGAAAGCAAUGAAGGCUACCUGGGAUGAUAGUGAUGAAAGUGGAAGUGAAAGUGAGAAUGAAGAAGUGGUCAACUUUUGCUUCAUGGCUCAUAGUGACAAGGAGGAUGAACAAGAUGAUGAGUGAAGGACCUACCAAAUGGGUACCAAGAUCUUUUGGUUGAGCUUUAUUUUUGUAGGUAUGUUUCAAGAAGCAAAAGGUUGCUUUGGACUUCAAAUUGAAAAUAAAUUUCAAAUGAGCAACGUCAUGGCUUGCUUGAACCUAACAAAGGAAAAUUGCCUAUGUGGUAACCUUUUUUUUUUAUUAUUUUGCUAUUGAUAUAAUUUGUUGGAAUAAUUAUAUUUUUUUUGGCUAGAGAAGUUGAGAUUAGUUUCUUGAAUUUUAUUUGAAUCAAAUGUCUUUGAGUCAAUUGAGAAUUUGUUGGACACUUAUGUCUAUUGGUCGAUUAUUUAUGGAUUAGUGGAUUAAUGCUCUUGAGUAAAUUGCAAAUUUUUUUGGCAUUAGUCUUUUUACUUGAUUAUUCAUGAAUUAGUGAAUUAAUCUCUGGAAAAGUAUGUGGUAGAAUUUGUUGAGAUUUAUCCAUCAUCCUUAUUGCUUAAUGGAUUAAUAUUCUUGAAAAUAUUGUGAUAAACUAUUUUGAGAUUUAUAUCCAU